UAAGAGGAAUAGUAGAGGGACGAGCGAGUUGAGUGCAGAAGGCUGGGAACGGGGAGGCAACAUGGAUAGCAGUUAAUCAGCCCGUUGCUGAGGUACAAGACCAGGCGGGAGGAGACUGCUCCUGUGAGAGUUAAACUGAAAGUAAAGUGCCUGAGCUCUGAUGACUAAUGUUGCAGCCCCUCCCUCCUUUGCUUGAGAUGAUCACCUGUAGAUGAGCGAGAGAGAGGGAGGGGGUCGGCACUACACAUACGGAGCCAGUCUUACUGGGCUAGGAUCCCGGAGCCGGGAUUGGACAUGGAGCUCCCUCUGUCCGGAGCUCCCUUUCGCUAACCCGGGCCAGGGAGUGCCGAAGCCCGGGGCGGUUCUACCAUCGCGUCGCGUCUCUCGAUUUUACUUCCUUUCCCUCAACCUGCCAUGCCUCGCAAAAAGAGUUCCCAGCCGAGCCAGAGCAGCGUCGACCUGUCGAAUGGAGCGCCCAAGUCUCCUUUGCACCGCUCCGGGUCCAGCAGUGAGAUCCACGACCUGACAUACAAGGUGAUGUUAAUUGGAGAUUCUGGUGUGGGCAAGACCUGCUUCCUGGUCCAGUUCAAAGAUCACGCCUUUCUAGCAGGGAGCUACAUUGCCACUGUUGGAAUAGACUUCAGGAAUAAGGUGGUGGUUGUGGAUGGGGUCAAGGUCAAGUUGCAGAUCUGGGAUACAGCGGGGCAGGAACGGUUCCGGAGUGUCACUCACGCGUACUACCGGGAUGCACAAGCUCUCCUGCUGCUGUAUGAUAUUACAAGCAAAUCAUCAUUUGACAACAUCAGGGCCUGGUUAACAGAAGUACAUGAAUAUGCACAACAGGAUGUGGUCAUCAUGUUGCUAGGUAACAAGGCUGACAUAACCAGUGAGAGAGCCAUCAAGAGAGAAGAAGGAGAGAGACUGGCCAGGGAGUAUGGUGUUCCUUUUAUAGAGACCAGUGCCAAAACAGGCAUCAAUGUUGAACUAGCAUUCCUUGCUGUAGCAAAGGAACUGAAGCACAGAUCUGCCAAUCAACCCAAUGAGCCCAAAUUCCACAUCCAUGAAUACAUUGAAUCUCAAAAGGAAAGGUCCAGAUGUUGCGGUAUUGAAUAAAUGGCUGAUCUCAUUGGAGGACUCAGGGUGUGGCACAGUAAUCAGCUUCACCGUUCAGCUGUGAAGCAUGCACCAAUUGUAUACCUACAUUCACUCUCAGCUUGGUGUUGAGCUUAAGCACCCUCAAACAUUCUAUAUUACCUCCAUAUUCACUCAAUGUCAUUCUCAUAUCCUUAGUCAUUUAGUAUUCCUUUCAUACCCAUCCAGUCCCUGUCCCAAAGAAGCUCCCCAACUGGCCACUCAUCCACCCAGACAUUCCUUCCCCCCACCUCUAAAACUCCUUAAGCUAGAACAAAGACACAUCCCUUGAAUUCUAACCCCUUUCUCUCCCCAAUGUUUUACCCUUUUAGCUGCCCAGACCCUGAACUCUGGACUUCUCUCAAUGACGAAGCACAUCUGCCCAGGGAGCCAAUGGGAAUUGGAGAAAGGCUGGGAAUUUUCAGGCCUGAAACAACCAACCACUCCACAUUCUCCUGUUGUGGCCACGUUCUCACCCACCCACCCCCAAAACUCCAACCUUUUAAUGGAUUCAGUUAAUGGGUUCCCAUCAAAGUUACUGAAACCACUGGAUCCUUCAACCUGUUGUCAGCACCCACUCCUCUCCCCUUAUCUGGGUUGGAGAAUUUACCAUUAAAAUGGUGGACAGGUAGGAUAGAUUGGUCCAAGACAGACUGGUCCAGCUCACCAGAGUAAGACAGAGGGUUAAUUAUCAAGCCAGGAUGCAUCAAACAUUCUGCUCAGUACAAAAUACCAGAAACUACCUGACAGACAAGAUAACUAAAGGGUAAACUUGAGUCAGGGUAGCUAAGCAACUACUUCAUCAUAGAAAGGGAAGUGGAAUGCCAGAACAGUCUCUCACAAAGAUGGGAAUCUGUUGAAAAUUUCAAAACUAAGAUUUAUUUUUUCUCUUGGUAUAUUACAUUAAGAGUUAUGAAAACAGAAUGGGUUUGACAAGUAUAAAGUGCAUGUCUGCUAAUUGAAAGGCAGAACAGAUAAGAGCUGAAUGGCCUCGGCCCUAUCUAACCAGUCAGUACAGGUUCAAUCUCGUCUGUGGUGUAUUUCAGCUAUGCACAUAACCUGAGGCAAUCCCUUCAACACAGCCAACUGGAGAUUCAAACCUAAGGUGCCCCCGCCUCUCCCUCCACCUCACAAAUAGACCAGUUUGACUAUGAGCCCAACACUGUUGUUCAACCAUAUUUGCCCCUCCCUUCCCCAAUUAUAAAACCCACCUCUGUUCCUAUUCAGCAACGCUGUUUAUUAUCUCUGCACAGCAUUCAAUGCCCAGUGUCCCAGGGAACAAAUGCUCCAAGCAUUACCUUACUCCAAUCUCUCCUUCAUGCUGCAAUGUAUAUUUUUGCUUUCCAAUAAAUGUUACCUCCCCCCCCCCCGCCCCACCCCUUGGUCACCAGUGGCUCCAUUUGGCUGUAAACAUAUACAGAUAUUUAUAAAAAUGCCUUUUUAACCAUAAGAUGAAAUAAUUGUACAUAAAAUGCUCUUUGCUUUGUACUUGCUAAUGAGAUCACUGUUCUGAUGUUUAACUGGAAUGCAUUUGUUAUACAAGUAAGUUUCCUCAGUCGUAGCUUUUGGAACAAUGGUGCCUACAACAGGAAGUGAAAUAACAGUAUUUCCUGGAAAGUGACCUUUGACUUCUUGCUGACAGUGGAGGUGCCUUUCAAUAUAAACUGCUAAAGCAAUCCUGGCAUCUCUACUAGAGUGCCCCAGAUGCCUUUAAUCCUCCUGUUGCUUGGUUUAUUGUGUUAGACUUGCCUCGUGCCCCCUUUUUCCAGACAACAUCAUGGUUGGAGACUUGGGCCCACAUGGAUUUGAGGAGAUGGUGUCGGAUUUUAUCACAGCUCCUCAUAACCUGACUCCACAGAAUGAACUAUAUAUACAUAAUGAGGCUGCGCCGAUUCAAAUGACCAGCUCACACCCAAGGGGUUUAGUUAUCCUGUCAAGGUCAGUCUCAGCUAGGAAGUAGCAUGCUUGGAUUUCAGAUGCUGUAAGGAAAAGCUUGAAGAAGAUCUGGAGUUCCAUGCCUGAGUUCUUGUGGUACUGGGGCAUUGCCCAUGCAUAGGUUAUUCCUCAUAUUCCAGUGGAUGGAUGAAUGAAGGCAAGCAGCCAAUCAUGGGCAUGCUCUUCAUUCUGGCCACACUGAAGGGGCAAAAGGAGAACAAUUCCCAUCAAUCUGGGUGUGAGAUGUCCCACCCUGUCCCAUUCUCGCGCCCUUCCUUCCCCACCACCACCAUUCCACCACUCCUGUACCUAAUGUGAGCAGAAUGGUCAGUUAAUUGGCCACUGUAAAUUGCCCCAUGUGAGCAGUGGUACAAUCUGCAGGGAGAAUGGAAAAUGAGAUCAGGGCAGACUUAAUAGAAAUGGGUAGAUGGUGGAGCAGAAGUGGCCAUUUUCCCAGGCUGCAGCUCGAUGAGGGAGUUACACUGGAGAAUUCCAGGAACACUUCUGGUUGCCUGGCAUGAUGAACCAAACUUACCAUCCAGGCUCAAAAUGAGGCUGCUUUCCCGAAGUGCUGAAGGAGUAAAGAGAAUGAUCUGUGGAGGUGGUUCCCCCACCCCCUCUCCACUCAUCACAAACACUGGCGAUUGUGGCAGCCUCAUUCUCAGGAACAGUAGUGCAGGAUUGUCCCUCUGGUUCCUGGCCCUCCUCGUUCCUUAAAAUGUCUUCUAGCCAAUCCUCCCUCAUCACACUGGUUAACUCCAGGAGCAGGGCUGUUGUGGGAAUUGCGAAAGAAAUUCCUUUGUGUUUGCUCUGUGUAGGAAUUAGACCUAUGAAAGGUUUUGCCUUUGGGAAAUAGUUCCUUGCAUGCUAAUCAUUAUUUAAGGGUUUAGUGAACUAUCAGUGGUGAGCUGUACCACACAUUCACAGCAGUAUCUGCACUGCCGUGUUAGCAGCCGUGGAGCUGAUUCCCAGACCUCCCUCCAGUGCAGUAGUGAGGGAGCACCACCCUGUCAAAUUGCUCUCUCAACUGGAUGUAGAAGAUGCAAAGAUAAAGAUGAUUUCACCCAGUGUCGUCACUGAACAAAUUAUCACUGUGACUUUUCAUUUAUCUGAGAUUUUGUCAUUCAGCAGUUUAUGAGCACUUUGUAUUAUCAAAUAGCGAUUCUGCCCGUUGUUUCAAAGUAUGUGGACAACUCUCUAACGGAAAAACAGAUAAGAGGAACCUCUCUUGCUCAACCAUCCUCUGGACAAUAAAAUUGGGGUUGGCUCCAUACGCAGCCUCAUUUUUGUCGAGUCCUCCGCACCGGCCAACACUUGGCCAGGUUGUCGUGCAGGAGACAUUAGGGAGGUGGGGUCAUUCACGAACUUGCACAUGCAGGCCAGCUCAUCUGUGCCAAUGCAAGACGCACUCCCCUGCCCCCCCCACUAUACCCGGCAGAGCCCAGAGAAAAAGUGAGGCACCCCCCUCCAAAGCCAAGCUCCUUCUCCAUAACCAGGGCACCUCCACUUCCCUCACCCUACUUUAUCCACUUGCUCCGCUGUAUUGUGCUGACGUUGAAUGAAUAAAGUACCUUGUUUGCCACGUGUGACUCACUGGUUCUCUGCUGCUCACUUGUGUUUGGCCCAUCCUCUUUUGAUUGGAGUGGAUAGUAUCUGAAACAGCAGGAGCCCGGGGAGAGGAACUAGGGAUGCUGCCUAGAUCCUGCCAUCUUCCGCCUCUGCAUUUAGAAGAGGGAACAAGCAUGGUGGGUGGUGCAGUGACGAAGCAUUCGGGCUGUGGGUGGGGUGGGAAGAGACCAUGUGAACAACCCAUACCUGUGGUGCAGAUCAGGCCACCCAGUUUGCUGGGUCACAGAACCUAAAGGAUUUACCAGAGACUGCAGAUGCUGAAGUUAAAAAUCUACUGGAAAUACUCAAUGUCAGGCAGCAUCUGUGGGAGGGGGAAAGGAGUUGAACAUUUUUUAAAACCCUGUAUCAGAGGAGAUGGUCAGAAUAAGAGGGCAUAUGGUGGGAUAGGGCUGAUAGGUGGAUGGAUAAAGGAUAACGGAAUAACAGGCCGAUUGAACCAGGUAGGGGAGAGAUGAAAGUCACUCCCACAUCUGGUUCUGGUUCCGUUUGCUCUUCACAUCU